CUCUUACAACCAUGCCCAAACAAAACCCAAAUGUAGUGAUUUUGAGUACUGAGGAGGAUGUUGCGGAGAGUCUGGCACUCUACGUAUCCCAACUCUCUGCCAAAACCAUUCAAGAAAAGGGCUCUUUCUCUGUUGUUCUCUCCGGCGGUACUCUUAUACAAACACUUAGGAAGCUGACUUUGUCUCCGUACAAAGAAACUGUGAAUUGGUCGAAAUGGCUCAUCUUUUGGGUUGAUGAGAGAGUGGUUCCUCUUGACAACAAAGACAGCAAUUACUUGCUUGCUUGGAACGGGUUUCUUUCCAAGGUGCCAAUUCCAAAAGAUCGCAUUUUCCCCAUCAACUAUACGCGCUCACCCCAAGCCGUGGCCAAGGAUUACGAAGCCCGUCUAAGAAACCUGGUGGAGAGAAAGGUUCUCCCUCUAUCACCCACUGGUUUCCCUAAGUUCGACCUCAUGCUGCUCGGAGUCGGCCCCGACGGUCACGUCGCCUCUCUUUUCCCCAACAGGCCGCAGCGCUACGACUUAACGGAUUGGGUCACAUACAUUACCGACUCGCCUAAGCUACCGCCGGAGAGAAUCACCUUCACUUUUCCAGUGAUCAACUCCUCCGUCAACACCGCAAUUGUGGUGACCGACAAGGAGGAAGCUGAUGCCGUCGCUAUUGCGCUGAAUCCUGUUAAAAUUCUGCCGCCGCUGCCUUGCGGUGAAGUGAAGGCGGAGUCCUUAACCUGGUUUUUGGACAAGGAUGCUGCUUCCAAGCUACCUAUUAAUGCGUAAUUUAUCAUGCGCAACUUCUCUUAAUUAAUACAAGCGAUGAUCAUGAUCCAGGACCGCUGUCAUAAUAAAGGAUCAUGUUCUUUG